UGUCUGGGAAGGAAAAGGAGAAGUGUGUGAAAAGUUGCGGCAAUCCAGGAAUGAUGUAAAAUGUGACUCUGGGAACCCAAAACGUGGAACUUUGCUCGACAAUAUUGCUGAGAGUGAAAGAGAACAUAUGGUUUCAACUGGUAGUAAAAGCCAUGUCAAGGAAAAGAGCUUGUGUGAUGCUCCCCUGUCAUCGCCUGUCUCAAAGUUUGUCUGGGAAGGAAAAGGAAAAGUGUGUGAAAAGUUGCAGCAAUCCAGGAAUGAUGUAAAAUGUGACACUAGGAACCCAAAACGUGGAACCUUGCUCGACAAUAUUGCUGAGAGUGAAAGAGAACAUAUGGUUUCAACUGGUAGUAAAAGCCAUGUCAAGGAAAAGAGCUUGUGUGAUGCUCCCCUGUCAUCGCCUGUCCAAAAGUUUGUCUUGGAAGGAAAAGAAGUGUGUGAAAAGUUGCAGCAAUCCAGGAAUGAUGUAAAAUGCGACCCUGGGAACCCAAAACAUCAAGAUUUGCUUCACAAGAAUAUAUCUGAGAGUGAAAGAGAACAUAUGGUUUCAACUGGUAGUAAAAGCCAUGUCAAGGAAAAGAGCUUGUGUGAUGCUCCCCUGUCAUCACCUCUCCCAAAGUAUGUCUGUGAAGGAAAAGGAGAAGUGUGUGAAAAAUUGCAGCAAUCCAGGAAUGAUGUUUGUUUUAUUACCAUAAAAGUACAAUGCGACCCUGGGAACCCAAAACAUCAAGCUUUGCUUGACAAGAAUAUAUCUGAGAGUGAAAGAGAGCAUAUGGUUUCAAUUGCUAGUGUAAGCCAUGUCAGUGAAAAGAGUUUGUAUGACGCUCCCUUUUCAUCACCUGUCUCAAAG